UUUGCGCUGCAAAAAUAACCGCGUUAAAGUGAAAUAGCGUAAAAAGAGAUCGCGUAAAAAAAGGACUGAGGGUAAUUCAUGCUAAAUAACGUGAAAAUAUCUUGUCAAAUACAAGAGUUUUCUGUACAUGAAUUUGAUUUUGACGAUCCUUUUGGCAGCUAUAUCUGAUAGUGGUCCGAUAUUGGCGGUUCCGAGUAAUAAGAAGUUUACAUUUAUGGGCUCAAUGACAUAUUUGUUUACAUUUUAUAUAGUCUUCAACCCUUUCUUUACUUUUAACCAAGCUAACAGCAUUUGUUCAAAUUUAGCAAAGACAAGAAUCUUCACACAAUUUGGCACUGACUGAGCAACGCAACAAUAUUCGAAUUCUUUAGCUUUAAUUACUUUAGCAUACAGCCGUCAUUCAAGCUGGCCGAUCAUGUAGGGUUACCAUAUUCCCUGAUUUUGACCUUCGGCAGUGAUUCCCUGAGUUUCGUGAAAAAUCUCUGGUUUCUUCCUGAAUUGGCGAUUUUUUUAAUUAUUAUUUUUUUUUAGCUAGUGCCUGAAAAAAGUGAGCAUAUCGUUUUAGUCUAUUUGGGCGUUUUGAAUUUGCGCGCCACGCGUAGGAUGCAUUUACAAGAAUCGUAUCAUUCAUGGUUGCGUUCCAAAACUCGACCGUGUUCAACUCGCACAGGUUUUUUUUGGUAUAAUGCCCCUAUUGCGGUCUUCAACCCGACUUGGUCGAAUUGAAGUUAAGGCAAUUCAACUUCAGAUCAACCGAACUCUUUUUCGGUAUUGCGAACUUCAACUAAGUUCAGUCGAAGUAUGAUUGGCGUCGCCAACCUAAGAAAGGGAAAUUUGACAGAUAGUGAAACAGCUAAAAUUUUGUAAACGACAUAUUUAAACAAUUGAAUUCAGCUGUCGCUCGCGAAAAAGUGAAUAAACAUUAAAAUAAAUAAAAAAUGGAUAUAAGUUUUGAUUUAUAUUAAAAUGACGAAAAUAUUGGGGGCAAAAUUGAUGUGCUACGUAUACGAAAAAGCCUUCGUGAUCACUCAAAUCCAUUGGAGCUUCCAAAUGCAAAGUAAGCCAUAGUUUUUUCACAAUUGAGUGGCUUUUUAAUAAUAUUUGUUGCAGAUUCAUAAGUUAUUUUCGAUUAAAUAAAGAAGCAUUUUGUUUUUUACUGAAUGAGAUGAUGGAACAUUUCCGCAAACGUGUGCGAGGAACGGCCAUACCUCCUAUAUUAAAAUUAUGCGCAACUCUGCGUUUCCUUGCUGACGGUGGUUAUCAAAAAUGCAGUGGAAAUGAUUUUAACAUUGGGUUGGCGCAAUCUACGAUAUCUUUAGUAAUUAAAGAGGUUCUAAAUAUAAUUGAACAACGUAUUUGUGCCUAAUGGAUUAAAAUUCAAAUGACUGUGAAGAAGCAAAACGCUUCAAAAGUUUCAUUUUAUUCAAAAAGUGCUUUCCCGGGAGUAGUUGGUUGCAUCGACGGGACUCAUGUUCGCAUAAUCUCACCAAGAAAAGAAGUGCAUCAUCUUUAUCUUAACAGAAAGGGCUACUACAGUUUGAACGUGAUUACUCUUUGUGAUUCUAAAAUGUCUAUUCGGUAUGUAGAUGCUAGGCAUGCAAGCGCAAAUCAUGACUCUUUUGUUUUCAAUGUUAGCGAUUUGAAUGUGCAUUUACAGAACAACAUAAAGAAUAACACUUGGAUCUUGGGCGACGCUGGCUAUCCUCUGCACAAAUUUUUAAUGACGCCUUAUCGCUUGGCGAAAGCUUCUUCACUCUAAGCAAGCUACAAUACAGUAUGUACACUCAAGGGCCCGGAAUAUUGUAGAGCGGACAAUUGGUGUACUCAAUAGUAGAUUUCGAUGUCUUUUAUCUGUACGAGGUUUACAUUACACUCCUGAAAAGGCUACGCAAAUUGUGAAUGCUUGUUGCGCAUUGCACAAUAUUUGCCAACACUUUCAAGUGGAUUCUCCAGAAGAAAUACCAUCUACUUCAAAUACUACAAUGACCAAUGAUGUUUUGGACAUAGAAAGAGAAGAAGAGGAUACGACUCGAAUACUUCGCAAUAAUAUUAUGACUUUCCUCUAAAUAAUUAAAAUAUUAAAUUUCAUUUCUAAUGUGCUAUUUAU